AUUUCUUGUUGGUGGAAGGUGAAGCUUUAGUAACUGAUUAGCCUAACAGUGGGUUCGAUACUUUGUACAUAUAAAUGAGCGCACAUUCUUGUUCUUCAAUAUUUGAAUAUCUAAAAAAUUUGUUUUCAGAGAACUACCAGAACUUUCAAAACAUUUUGUGAUGAGACUUUUAUUCAUUGAACAACCAAUUCCAAAGUCUAUUGUUUCUGGAUGGGUUGAGAAAGGCUCUAGUACACUCUUAGACGAUGCGUGUAAAGCUCUAACGGAUUUGAGAAUUUGGCAUUCAACCGAUAGUAAUGUUUCCAGAGGUUCAUGGUCUCUAAACAAAAGAUACCAAGAAUCUAUUCGGGUAUCAUUAUUUGGAGGCGGAAAGCCUUUACUUGGAGAUUUAGGCAUUGUGACAAAUGAUAAGUAUUCAAAAAGUGUUGAAUUUCUAAAGUCUUAUGCAUGUGAAAGGUGGGACGCUUUACUUCAUUUUAUGGUAGGCUCUGAAUCAGCAGAGGUUGGAAGUGUUGUUAAAGAUGUACUUUUACUGUCAAAUCUAAUGAAGUGUGAAAGUAACGAUACUCCAAUUGGUAUUACGAAGCAUGGAUUUCACUUCCUUCUAAUGAGUAGACAGUCUCAAGUUCUGGUAUUCAUCUUGCACUAUUUUGACUACUUAAAGGAGAAUAGUAAAAAUCUAGUUGGUGCCUUACAAUUCAUCUUCCAGCUUAGUUUCCUGUCUCCCACUAAGAGCUAUCCAGUGGAUGCUUUAACUACCUCUCAACAAGAAGUGUUACAGCAUAUGCGAGAACUUGGUUUGACCUAUCAGCGAAAGCGUACAGCUCCACAUUUCUACAGCAAAUCAGGCGGAUGGGGUCCGCAGUUGGGAGUGAUUCCAACAGGAGUAUCUAAAUCAGAUAUCUCAGAUACCAGUAACAUUUUCUCACAGAUAACAGUAUCAAAUUCUUCUGAUGUUGGUUACAUUUUGUUAGAAACUAAUUUCCGACUCUAUGCAUACACUGACUCACCACUUCGUACAGCUCUUCUCAGCUUAUUCAGCAAAAUACGAGCACGUUUUCCGAAUCUGGUUGUUGCUGACAUAACCCGUGAUUCAGUUCGUGAAGCAUUGAUUCGAGGGAUAACUGCAAAUCAGAUUCUCUCCUUUCUAACAGCGAAUGCACAUCCAGAUAUGUUGCUCAACGAACAUUUUUUAAUUGGUCAACGGAAACCACAAAAAAAAACAUGAAGACUGUGUGGAUUGCUAAUGUUAACUAACAAACGAAAACUGACUUAGUAAUCACAAGCAUGGGGAAACUGGGGGUUGAAUCAGUUUGUUUUCUAUGCAUCAUUCUCACCUCUUUAGUGCAAAGGAACUGAAAAUAUACUAUCUCUUCAAAGUUUACUUUCAAUCUCUUGUAAUACUCUAAUAAUCGUGAUGAGAUGUUCGAUAGUUGCAUUUCGGACAGAUGCAUUGGCACCUCUUUGGGUACAUAAUAUAAGUAUCCUAUACCAUAUUUGGAGACAGCACUCAUCAGCUGAUUGAAAUACCUGUCUAUGCGCGAGCGAGUGAGCUGAUAUGCGCAUGUUAAAGUGAUCAGAUGCAUGAAUGUAUUCUUCAAUACGCUAAAAAGAGUUGGGCAAUCAAUUGACUCCACCCUCAAAGUUUCUAUGAUUAAAGUCUAAAAUGUACAAAUAUACGACUAAAACUGUAGAGUGGAGUUAUGGCUCAUUGGUUUAAGGAAUUGACUUUCAACCAGCCAGUCGCGAGUUCGAACACCACUCUACCUACCGGUGUUUGGGCAGCCACGUAGUAUCCCUAAUCUUCGCACAAUAGGUGUGGUUUAUUACCUACUGCACGACAGUGCACAAAGUUGCUGAGAGCAUUUUGAUUUCAUACAGCUAUAGAGAGUGAAAGGGUAGGGCGCACUGUGCUGCAGUUUGCUCUCUUCUACUGUAUGGCUGUGAAACGCGGCCAUUAAAGAUAACGGACAUGAGAAGGCUUCACGAGUUUCACCAGUCGUUUCGUGUUGUCACCACAAGAGUAACGCAGAAGUCAGGCGUAGAGUUUUAAGGAGAUGAGGUAAGACAGUUGAUGCGGUUGUAAACCUUCACUGACUGAGAUAGUUGGGACAUGCGUUACGCAUGGCUUGUCACCGUCUACCUCGUCACAUAAUUUUAGCUGAAGUAGGUUCAGGCUGUAAAAAGACUCGGGGCAGCCAGACUAAACCAUGGCAUCACUGUAUGAAUUUCUUGACUGUUGGUUUGAGCUAUUUUGGGAGAUACGGACUUGCCGGUUGGGGUCCAAGUGACAACGGAAGCCAGUAGUUGGAGACUAGGUGACAUGGCUCAGGAUCGGUGUCAGUGGUGCGGAUGUAUUCACACAUUAUCUUAUCUUGCAUGCUGAAUUCUGCAUUUUCUCAUUCCUCCCUCUCUUUCCAUGCAUCCUGCU